AUGUCGUCUGAAAGCCAUUUAUGCAUGGAUUACAGUCGUGCUAUCAAUGAAUUGGUUGCUUCCAUGACCCGAGAGCUUGUAUAUUGGCGGUCCCAUGGUAUAAUUGAUGACCAUGGAACUAAAUGCACCCUGAUUUACAAGGUCCUCGAACACAUUCGUGCAUCAGAUCCAAAUGCUUAUGAGCCAAGGGUUCUCUCUAUUGGUCCUUAUCACCACAGUAUCCCCUCAUUAUUACCAAUGGAAAAAGAAAAGUGGAUGUGCCUUGACUAUGUCCUUAAACUGAAUCCCAGUAGAAGUUUACAUGACUACCUAGCAGUGAUAUCAGCACUAGAGAGGGAAGCAAGGAUGUGUUCUGCAGAGGAUGACAUAAUAAUAGGAACAACGUUUGUGGAAAUGCUCUUGCUUGACGCCUGCUUCAUACUUGUAUGCCUUAAUGGCAUUGGAGCGAUCAGACUACAAGCAGAUAUGCAUGGAAAAUAUUCUUAUGAACGAGACAAACUGACAGAGCUUCUUGUUGGACAGAAUAAAUCAAUUACAAAUGACAGUGAAACAAUGUCGGGGAUGCCUAACCUCUCUUGCACAACAAACGAUGAUUUUGUACUUCAGAUGAACGCUUUGCAGAUGGAAGAAAAUAGAGUUGAUUCUCAUCAAGAAAACAUUCAUGGUAACAUUGUUGGCCAGGACCAAGAGAACUUAGAGAUGGGUGAACAAUGGUACAAUAGUUCUGCUGUGUAUGAUCUACUCCUGUUAGAAAACCAAAUCCCCUUUUUUGUUGUUACCAAAAUAUAUGAGCUUCUAGUAGAUGAUGAAAGCAUUACACCCAGAUUACUUACAGAUAACUUGGCAAGAUUCAUAGAAGGUAUUCUGGUGCACUUCCCUCUAUCAAUUCAAGAUACCAACAGGCCAAGGGACUUCGACCAUUUGCUCCACUUAUGUUACAUGUAUUUCAAGCCUACACACCGAAUGCAAGACAACCACAAAAUGAAGAAAACGGCUGGUUACAUUUACAAUCUUCUAUGUUCAGGUUUCAAAGCAGAAGAAUACCAUGAAGCUGGGGUUGAAUUUACAGAAAGGAUAUUUGAUGAACAUGAGCCGCACUCUCUAUUGGAUAUAGAGUUUAGAAAUGGAUUACUUCAUAUCCCAUGUUUGCCAAUUGAUGAUAAAUCUGGCACUGUAUUUAGGAAUCUUCUUGCUUUUGAGCAGACCUGUCCCUCAGUUGGCAAUGAUUUAGCUUCUUAUGUGUAUUUCAUGUCUCAGCUCAUCAGUGUUCCAGAUGAUGUUGCUUUGCUUUCUCGGAAAGGAGUCAUUGUAGAUCAGCUAGAAAGCGAUAAGGAUGUGUCAUCUCUGUUUGCUGAGCUCUUCGAGAAUAUUGAUUUCAAUUUCAGCGGCUUCACAGCUUUAGCAUCAGUUGUCAUGGUCUUCUGUAGUAUAGGACAAACUAUUCUUGCUUUCCUGUCCUAUAUGAGCAAGUCAUGA